CUCCCCUCCUAGUCUGCUGCUAGGUCGUAGCCUCGGUAUCUUCACAUCUUCGAUAAUGGCUGCCGUCGCUGCCUCCGCUAUGGCGUCUAGCCUCACCGUCAAGGGCCUGAACGGCUCCUUGGUUUCCGGCAAGAGCCUUCGCUCCGCCGCGAAGCUUCCUUCCGUCGUUAGCGCCGCUAGGCUCGUUUGCGACGCUAGGGAGAACAAGGCCGUCGCCAGCCCUGCGACGAUCGCAUCCGCUGCGUCGUCCGUCGUCGAGAGCGUUUUCGGCGAGAAGGCGACGAGGCAGAUGCAGUACUCUGCGAUCGUUGCGAUGAAUGCGAUGAUCGCGAUGCCAGCUUUCGCGGAGGAGGAGAAGGGCAAGAUUUUCGACUUCAACCUGACUCUCCCCAUCAUCACCGUCCAAUUUCUCCUCCUUAUGGUGCUCCUCGAUAACGUCUGGUUCAAGCCCGUCUCCAAGGUCAUGGACUCCCGCGACGAGGACAUCAGGAAGAAGCUCAUCGGCGUGAGGGACAACUCCGGCGAGCUCAAGGAGCUGCAGAGCCAGGCUGAGGCUUUAAUUAAGACCGCUCGCGCGGAGGCAUCCGGGCAGAUGAACAAGAUGAAGAAGGAGGUGGCUGCUGAGCUGGACGCGAAGCUUCAGGCGUACCGCGCGAGGAUCGAGAAGGAGCUCGAGUCGUCGCUGGCGAACCUGGCGACGCAGAAGGAGGCGACGCUGAAGAGCCUCGACUCGCAGGUGUCGGCUCUCAGCGACGAGAUCGUGAACAAGGUCAUUCCCUUCAAGGCGUAAGCAACGCCUAAGCAGGCUGCUUCAAUGCCUGAGGCUGCAUGGAGUGCUUUAUGGUGGUGACCAUGGAGAGACGUGAUUUGGCCUAAUGAGGCUUCCUUUUUAGCCUUAUGCUUCAUUACGGCCUGUUUGUUUACUUAUUCGUCGAUAUUUACUAUUAGGCUGCUACUUGCUGUUUUGAAGCCAUGACUGAGUUCUAGUUGAUCGUUCUAGUGUUCGAACAGGGAGAAUCUGUAUGUACAUGCUGUGACCCCUGCAACAUGGCCAUGAAAAGCCUG